AGAAAUCUUUGAAUGAACUUCAUCUAGAAGUCAACAAGGCUAGGGAAUUGUAUGAUGAAAAGUUCAGCCGCCUUACAAAGGAUGUGCUACUACCUGACAAAGAACUUUAUGUGUUCAAAGUAGCAGGUCCCUCUGACAUCAGUUGGAGAAUUAGAGAAUUUAAUAAUAUGAACAUUUCACCAUCAAUUAGGACACAGGGAAGAGGGCAAUGUGCAUAUGUAUCAACGGUGUCCUGUACUGAAUCCCAAUAUAAGAGAGAAUAUGCGGUUUUCGCUCGAAGUGGAAGUAAUGAAGCAGAGGAGUUUACUCUAAAACUCUCACCUGAUCAUCUUGAAGAUCUAGUCACGGCAUUUCGCAAGACAAAUUCAAGGAAAGGUUGCAAUACGCUUGACUACUGUCUAGAAAGAAUGCAGGCGCAGGGCAUCGUAACCGAAGAAGCAUAUGAUGGCGCAAAAGAGAACUUUGACAGUUUCCAACGAUACCGCAUAAAAGGAUUUGAGGACCUUAGUAAGGCUAACACUAUAGAGGUCAAGGAGAAAAUCACGCAAGGGACAGCACUGAUCGGGAAUUUCAGAAUCACCACAGACUACUACAGGCUUGGUCCUGAUGAUAUAUAUAAUAUUCCAAAAGAUGCAGUCUAUGAAACAAAUAUCAUGGGACAGGUGUGUUCACAUUGUGUGGUGAUUCUAGGCUAUGGCGUGACACCUGAAGGCCUCUCCUAUUAUAUCUUUCAAAAUUCAUAUGGUCCAUUAUGGGGAAAAGAUGGGUUUGGCAGAAUAGCAUGUGAUUGCCUCAAGCAUCUUUACUGCCCUAGUUUAUAGAAUAUCUGGUACUGUAACAUGUUCUAAAUCGAUCUCACCUUAACAAUGGAGAUAUGGUUCAUGUGGGCGCUUUCUUGUUAAGAAGGAUCACUCUGUUAUGUAAUACCCCUCUUUGGUUGACAGCAACUUGCAUCAGUUCUUUUUUGACAACUCUAAUAGAUGUGUUAGUGGAAUAAUGAUUAAGGAAUCAUCAUUAUCUGACACACACUGGCAGUUGUCUCAGUUCAGUGUAAUUUUUGCAUAACAUAUGACACACAUUUAAUUAUAUGUGCAUUCCUUUGUCUA